AUGAAGGACUAUCUCUCCUGGAGACUAAACUAUAAAAGGAGAAAGAUGGAAGGGCUUGAGAUAGAGCUGAGAUUAACAGCAGAGAGACACAAGACAACCAAGCAGAUUUCCAGAGAGAAGAAAAGGUUGAAGUAUUCAGCAGAAAGGAUUGACUAUGGACAUCAGAUUGUUGGCUUUGCUGGUUUCUCUGGUGGCAGUGGGUGGACGUCCACACAGGAGACUGUGCCCUUUGUUCCAGCACUCAUCCAUGUCUACCUCCGAAGUGAACAAAAGAAAAUAUCCGGUGAUGGAGUGAGAUGUUACACCACCAUGACUGGACACAAGACAUCUAUAUGUGACCUCAAGCCAAGUGACCGCCUGAUCCUGACCCUGGAACGAGUGUCGCUGACGCUGGACGUCCUGACUAAUAUGUCUACCUCUGACACUGUAACAAAUUCCAUGAAGGCUUUCCUUAAAUUGAGGGACCAGCUGAUAAUCUGUAGAGAGUUGCCUGAAUACAGUGAUCCUGCCUCUGAGCAGCUGGAGCCGUGGCUGAGUCAUCUCCAAGAUUUCAAAGACAAGGCCUCCCCUCGAUGUGUCCAGGACGCUGUUGUGCUCAACCUCAUCUCAUUAAGGAUGCAAAAUGUGAUGUGUCCAAGUGAUUCCUAG